AUGCCUAUACUCGAACACAUAUCCUCAACUGCCCGUUCUGCUUUGCUUGCGAGCGCCAACGUCACCGCUACGGAACUGUGGAACCAUUCGCAAAAUCAUGCACGAUACGGACAUCCCCCCGGGCGCAACGCGGUCUACCUGCGCGAUUUCGCGGACCAGAUCAAGCCGAACCAUACACAACGGACGACGCUCAUUGUCGCUGGCUGCUAUGUCGGCGCGAUCGCACUAUUGUGGCAUUUACCGUACUUGAACGCCAUCAUAUACCCCUUCAAGCUCCUCACUGUCGGAUUUCACGAGAUGUCGCACGCCUUCGUCGGCGUCCUCACCUGCGCGCGCAUCCACUCCGUCCAGCUCGACCCGGACGAGGGCGGCGCGACCCGGAUGUCGGGAGGAAUACCCUGGCUCACGCUCCCCGCUGGCUACCUCGGCUCGUCCUUCAUCGGCGCCGCGCUCAUCGCAUGCGGGUUCAACACCAACGCGUCCAAGGUGGCGUGUCUCGUACUCGCGGUCUUCUGGCUAUUCACCCUCUGGUGGGCACGGAAGAGCUGGGUGACGUGGUGUACGAUAUUACUCAUGGCCGGCCUCAUCAUUCUCUUUUGGUUCGUUGAAGGUGGCGUAGCUCUGCGCUUCUUCAUCCUUUUCAUCGGCGUGAUGAGCACCAUGUACGUUCUCUGGGACAUCAUCGACGACACCAUCGAACGCAAAGUCAACGGCUCGGAUGCAUACGCGUUCUCCGAAAUCUGCGGAUGCUGCGGAUCCCGAGCCUGGGGAGUCCUAUGGCUGCUACAAGCGUUCGUUAUGUUCGCCAUCGGCGUCAUCGUCGGGCUCGUCGCAUUCAAGCAAUCGGAAGCCCAACAACGUGCCGACUCCCACCACUUCCUGCCCGUUCCUACUUCUGGCGGCCUAGCCACCCAGCCUUCGAUGUGGGCGUCCGCCGCCGCGGCCCUCGGUUCUCUCGCCCUCGCCGCGUUAUUUUCAUGA